UCUCCCCUUUUUUUAGACGGAAAGAUUAGUAAAAUUUGCAGAAGAUUUUAUAUCUGAAAUUAGGGUUGUAUAUAAGGUAGGUUUGCUCGUUCAUAUAGCUUUUGACAAUCGCAGUGCAUACAGAUGGAAGAAACCUCAAAAAUGAAGAAGACUCUGUAUCUUCCUCAUGAAUUGAUCAUUCAUAUCUUAUUAAGGUUACCCGUUAAAUCUCUUGCAUGUUUCAAAUGUGUUUGUAAGUCAUGGCUUUCUCUUAUCUCUGAUCCCUCUUUUGCAAAUUUACAUUUUGAACUCACUGCCGUAACACACGACCGUAGAAUUAUGUUCAUAUCAACUAUCUUUCAUGAAUCUCGAUCUAUAGAUUUUGAAACAUCACUUAACCAUUUUUCUACUUCACUCAGCCUUGAUUUUUUGCGUCCCCAUUUCCGAUCUGAUUUUAUUAUUGAAAUGAAAAGUUCAUGUAGAGGCUUUAUAUUUUUGAACUGUUCUUCAAAAAUCUUUCUAUGGAAUCCAUCCACAGGAGUUCACAAACAGAUACCUUUACCUCCUGUUGUUUCCUGUAUAGACCCUGAUGAUAUCUUUAAUCUAUAUGGUUUUGGGUAUGACCACUCAACAGAUGAUUACUUGGUGGUUUCUAUGUCAUGUGAUUCAAGUACCGACGUAGCUGACAUUUCAUCGACUUUUAACAUUUUUUCACUCAGAGCUAAUACAUGGAAACAAAUUGAGUUUACUGCAUUGUUGAACUAUAGACACUUUCCUUACUUGGACGACUCUUUUUAUGAACAGAGACUAGGGUUUCUCUGUAAUGGGGCUCUGCAUUGGUUGGCUGUUCAUGAGGAUUUAAAUAAGGAUGUUAUUUUUGCCUUUCAUUUAAUGGAAAGACAACUCUUAGAGAUGUAUUUUCCAAAUGAUUUUGACCAUGAUUUUAACCAAGACCCUACUGAUUGUGAUUUGUGGGUAUUUGGAGAAUUUCUUAGUCUAUGGGCUAUAGAGGAUCGCACUGUUGUUAAUAUAUGGGUUAUGAUAGAAUACGGAGUGCAUUCGUCUUGGACUAAAACUCUUGUUUUGUCUACUGUUGACAUUCCGACUCGGUAUUUUCAUCCGAUAUGUUAUACAAGAAGUGGUGAAAUUAUUGGAACAGAUGGUCAUACUGGAUUGGUUAAGUAUGAUGACAAAGGACAACUGCUAGAGCAUCGUUCAUAUUCUAAUGAUCGGGAAGGAUCUCAAGUUGUUGUGUAUAUAGAGUCUCUGCUUUCACUCCCUUCUGACAAUGAACAAGCUUAAGAAGAUGACACAAACAAGAAGAAUGAGGUAAUCAUAUUUAUCUUGUGCUAGUAUGAUCUAUUGAGAUGCUGCAAUUAGUAAGGCUUUGUAGGGUAAUAUGAUGAGCAGGUAUGCCACCACCUGAGCUGAAGAAAUAUGUUAUGGAAUAUUUAUUGGUCAACUAUGUGUAAUAUAUUUGUUUUAAAUGUUGAAAGCUUUAAUUGUUUGUGGUUAUUUAUGCAUGUGUAAUGGAGUGAGUUCUAAUGUAUGUCGAGGUUACUAUUUAAAAUGGUCUUAUAUUGUAAUUGUAAUUUAUUUGAUGAGUUUAUGCAAUACAUGACUCUGUCUCAAUUCUCAAAGCACUUUAUUAGAAAUUUUAUCAUGGCCACAUGUAUUUGAAGGAAAUCUAGUGGAAGCAUUGUUUUAGAGAAACUGAGAUUUACACAAUGAAGACAAGGCAAAACAGUAGUUUGAUAAGAGAUCGAAUGAAUAAACAUGUCAAUGAAGUGUUAGCUAUGCGAUAAUAAUUUGAUCAUGAGUGCCAUUUUAGUUAAUAAUCAUUCUCUUCUACCUCAAGUUUUGUUAUUGUAAAAAGAAUGAAGAAACAUUGCAUAAAGAGCUCAUUCUCUUAUUGAACACCUUAUGUGAAAAAUAUAUUGCAAGAAAUCAUAAAACAACCUUUCCAAUGGAAGAGUACAAACAUAAAGCUAUAUAUCUGAAUCAAAUUACAGCUUUAUAUAAACUAACAGAGACUCAAUAAUACCCUGACAUGAGUCCAUCAAUUCCUUCUAUUCUAUCAACCUACAUAAUUCUGCAGCAGCCAUAUACCAUGGCACCAUUGUCCUUGAUUGAACCAUUUUCCAAUUAAACAUUUAAACUACACUUUCUCAGCCACCAAUAAACUUCCCACAUUGUACUCCUCCAAAUUACUUCACACACCGGUCUAUUGUUAUCACAACUGAGAUUGAACCUUGUCUAAAGAACUGCUGCCCUCGCCUAUAAUUUCAAGUGCCAAGAUGAUUUGAUAUCAGCCGGAAAUCAAAGAUAGAUUACCUCCCACCAGCAUGAACUGAGUAGAAUUUGUUAAAAGUAUUUCUUUAUUAUUGAUUCCUCAUUUCCUCUGCCUCACUCCAUUUGCAAUAUACAGCGAUCAUUUGUAUCUUUCUUUUUAUAGUAUGCAUUUUGAUUGCAAAAUAUAAUGGUGAAACUUUUUCAUAAAUUUCUAAGGGAAGAUCUUCUCAUCUUCCCUGGAACGACAUUCUUGCCAAGGCUGUAUGCCUUUUUUCCAGUCUACUGAAGUCCUAACCAUUAGGGCUGGUUUUCAAUUUUGGUAUGAAUUUGGCAACAUAACAGUAAGAAAAAGGGAGGACGGGCUCUGUUCAUGAUAAAAGGUAAGCUGAAGUUUGUCGUAUCAAAUGAUGCUGUUGAUAUUCACUGGUGGUACCUUUGGUUCAAGCACAGAGGAAAUUCUUGGACCUCCAAAACUUAGUUCACAGGUAAGAUUAUGCUGUCUUCUCUUCUUCCUGCAAUUCUUAUUUAUUUUAUGUUUAAUAAUGAUUAUACUAACCAUAAUAGUAGCAGCACCAACAAGACACUUAAGUUUGAAGUGGGAGUGAUCAACUAUAAUAGCCUGCUUGUUUGCCAUUGUUUGUGAGAAGUCUCGAUGCUUGCUUCUUUGAUCUUUUGGUUUUACGGAAUCAAAGUUUUUGUUUAAUGAGGAAGAGGAAAAAAGAGAUUGGUUUUUCCACAAAGUGAUCUUUUGCGUGUUACUUAUUUUUUAAAUGUCCCACUUUUUCAAAAGUGUGGGCAGAUGACUUGGAGUUGGUACUGUAUAUCAAAAUAACUGCAGUGAGCAAUGCAAAAAUAUGUGAAAAGUGAGAAAUGCAAAAAUCUUCCUUGAUAAACCGGUUGCUACGGUUAAUAUUGUUAAGCAUGUUCAAAUGGUGUAUUGGAAGUGGGUGAAGGUGAAGUUGAAGUAAUGGUGGGUUGGAAGUGGGUGAAGGUGAAGUUGAAGUAUACUAGUUUUUUCUUACUCAAGUUCUCAAUGGUGGUCCAAUCCGUUAGCA